CAGAUCAUAAAAAAUUUCAAUCAUAUUGCAGAAAAUUUGCAAAGCAAAACACAACAUAAUAUUUUACAUGGGAAGCCCUCAAAAUGCUGCUUCAAACCAUAAAGUGUGUUUAAUCUACAACAGCCCAAGAAGUUUUGGGUUCUCUCGUCCCCAGAAGUGGCGCGAAAAUCUGCAUCUUUGUUCGGGCAUGGCGCGUAAAACCAGUAAGGUCUCAUUUUUGGUUAGUCUUCUCGAAUGAAAGUUCAAACAAAGGGGUAGGAAAAAAAAAAAUGUCUCCUCCUUCACCCCCAUCCAAGCGAAGACGAAGGAACGAGACGGAGCAAGGAAGCGAUUCGAGGGACACGUCAUCACCGUCAGAGGCAAAUAAUCUGGAGAAGUUAUCCCCUGUCGUCGUCCUCGCUCAUGGCGCCGGUGCUCCUUCAUCUUCCGAUUGGAUGAUUCGAUGGAAGGAUAUGUUAGGGAAGGCAUUACAUGCUGUUGAAGUUGUCACAUUUGACUACCCCUAUAUUUCUGAUGGAAAAAGGAAGGCUCCUCCUAAAGCAGAAAAACUGGUUGAGUUUCACUCAGAUAUUGUCAGAAACACUGCUGCCAGGUUUCCUGGACAUCCUUUGAUUUUGGCUGGGAAAUCUAUGGGUUCAAGGGUCAGUUGCAUGGUGGCUGGCAAAGAAGACAUCACUGCUUCAGCUGUUGUUUGCUUGGGUUAUCCACUUAAGGGCAUGAAUGGGGCAGUACGAGAUGAGACACUAUUGCAACUCACAGUCCCUGUAAUGUUUGUUCAGGGUACCAAAGAUGCACUUUGUCCCCUUGAGAAGCUGGAAGCUGUUCGCAAGAAGAUGAAAUCUACAAGUGAGCUACAUGUGGUUGAUGGUGGGGACCAUUCCUUCAAGAUCUCAAAGAAGCACCAACAAACAACAGGGAACACUCAAGAGAAAGCUGAAGAUCUUGCUGUUCAGGCAAUAGCAGCCUUUGUUUUGAGGUCUCGGGUGAACCUGGAUUAAUAGGAACGUUUUUAAUGUAACAUAAAGAUUGAAGGGCUAAUUUUCUGUGUAUGUUCUUCUGAAUUAGCCCCUUUUACAGUUCACUUCAGAAAUGUCGGGCUAAUUUUCUGUGUAUGUUCUUCUGAAUUAGCCCCUUUUUUGUUCACAUUAGAAGUGUCUGACAUUUCUGAAGUGAACUGUUUCCAGAAAUGCUCAAUCUUCAGACUGUAGAUUGUUGGUAAGUGGUAUGAAGCUCCCAAAGACAUAAAAAGCUCUCGAUAAUUUUCUGCA